AUGGAGGAGUGAAUCAGCUUGGGGGGGUUUUUGUGAAUGGACGGCCACUCCCAGAUGUAGUCCGCCAAAGGAUAGUGGAACUUGCCCAUCAAGGUGUCAGGCCCUGCGACAUCUCCAGGCAGCUUCGGGUCAGCCAUGGUUGUGUCAGCAAAAUUCUUGGCAGGUAUUAUGAGACAGGAAGCAUCAAGCCGGGGGUAAUUGGAGGAUCCAAACCAAAGGUUGCCACUCCCAAAGUGGUGGAAAAAAUCGCUGAGUACAAACGCCAAAACCCUACCAUGUUUGCCUGGGAGAUCAGGGACCGGCUGUUGGCAGAGCGAGUCUGUGACAAUGACACCGUGCCCAGCGUCAGCUCCAUCAACAGGAUCAUUCGGACAAAAGUACAGCAGCCCCCCAAUCAGCCGGUCCCAGCUUCCAGUCACAGCAUAGGUAUUCAGGAGUCUCCAGUGCCGAACGGCCACUCACUUCCAGGCCGGGACUUCCUCCGGAAGCAGAUGCGGGGAGACCUGUUCACACAGCAGCAGCUGGAGGUGCUGGACCGCGUGUUUGAGAGACAGCACUACUCUGACAUCUUCACCACCACGGAACCCAUCAAGCCAGAACAGACCACAGAGUAUUCAGCCAUGGCUUCACUGGCUGGAGGCCUGGAUGACAUGAAAGCCAACUUGACGAGCCCCACCCCCGCUGACAUCGGGAGCAGCGUUCCAGGCCCACAGUCCUACCCUAUUGUCACAGGCCGAGACUUGGCAAGCACAACCCUCCCGGGGUACCCUCCACACGUCCCCCCCGCUGGACAGGGCAGCUACUCUGCACCGACGCUGACAGGAAUGGUGCCUGGGAGUGAAUUUUCUGGAAGUCCCUACAGCCACCCUCAGUAUUCUUCCUACAAUGAUUCUUGGAGGUUCCCCAACCCAGGGCUGCUUGGCUCCCCAUACUAUUACAGCGCUGCAGCCCGAGGAGCGGCCCCACCGGCCGCAGCCACCGCCUAUGACCGUCACUGACCCUCAGAG